UCUUCCUGGGAGAAGGAGGCUCAGGUGCUAUACAAUAUGUUUGUGCUUCAUGAAUCCCAGAAGCUGCAUAUUCUGUAUGAAUCCCUGGAAAAGAGCAUCCCUGAGUCCUUGAAGGUAUAUGGUGCCGUUUUCAACAUUAAAAAUAAAAAUCCAUUCAACAUGGAGGUGCUGGUGGAUGCCUGGCCAGAUUAUCAGAUAGUCAUUACUCGGCCUCAGCGAGAGGAGAUGCAGGAUGACCUGGAUCAUUAUACCAACACUUACCAAAUCUUCACCAAAGCUCCUGACAAGUUAGAGGAAGUCCUGGCACAGCCCCAGCUCAUCAAUUGGGACCAAGUCUUCCAGAUCCAAGGUUGCCAAGAGAGCUUUCAAGAGGCAAUAAGAAAGAUUUCGGCUUCAAAAUCAGUGCGGGUGGAUUACGUGAAGACGAUACUCAUUAUGACAGAAAUGCCGGUGGAACCCAAUGAUGACCAGGUGGAUGUGAUGGAGUCAUUUAAAAUGCCCAAAGUGGAUGACGAUACCAAGAAAGGAAGCUUUCAGAACAUUUCCUUGGAUCCCUCCCAUGCAGGGCUUGUGAAUGAACAGUGGACAUUUGGGAAAAAUGAUAGGAGCUUGAAAUAUAUUGAACGCUGCCUCCAGAAUUUUCCAGGAUUCGGUGUGCUGGGUCCAGAGGGGUGCCUUAUCUCUUGGAUUGUGAUGGAACAGUCCUGUGAGAUGAGAAUGGGCUACACUGUCCCCAAAUACUGAAAGCACGGCUAUAUGAAGAAAACCAGUGUUCACCUUAUGAAUUAUGUUAUUCAGAAAAAAGUGCCAUGUUAUUUUCAUGUGUCAGAACAUAAAGAAGAAUCCAAUCAGGCACUGAGGGAUCUGAAGUUUAAGGCUGCUUCUUGUGGUUGGCAUCAGUGGAAAUGCAGUCCUGAGAAAUAUUGUUGAUUAGUGCCAUUUUCUAUUGCAAGCCUUCCUCAUCAGUGAAAAAAAGUAUCAGUUCACAUACAAUCAUGAUAAUUUGUAUUAGCACAAAAACAUCCAAUUAUUUUGGUUCCGUGCAUUACUUAACCCACGCUUGUACAACAUUUUUGUCUUCCUCCACAUUACAGAGAACUAGAAGCUUGAACUUUCGGUGUUAGGUUUUUCCUUUAUGGUGACAGACAUUUCAAAAUUAAAAUCAUCCAAUGUCAAUCAUUAGUGCCAAGAUAACCCUUUCAGAGCAACAUUUUCCUCUUUGAAGUCUUCUUUCAUGAAAGUCUACUACUUUUUCAUGCUUCUAUGUU